GCUCCCUGGUGUCGCUCUAUCCCGCAGCAACUCUAUGGUGAACCUUUUCUUCCCACCCUCUCCUAGGGUUAGAAAGUUGAACGCGAGAGACCGGAAGUGACUGAAGAUGGAGCCAGGUGUUGCCGCUCAGUGUCCUGUCUCUAUGAUACCGUCGCAUGCCUUGCGGGGCAGGAGGGAGGAAAGGAGCGACGCCGAAGAGCCUCACGUGGGAAACUGGUCGGGGCAGGAUUUUUUGAGGUGAGCGCGCAGAGCCAGCCCGGUGGAUCGGGCUGCAGCAUUCAGUAGGAUAGCAGGUUCCUUCAUAGGAUCGCCCGCAUCUUCUCAAUCCUUGGGGAGAUUUUAUUUGCCUUUAGUUACUCCAGAGGAACCCCAUCUGAACCCUCCAGCAGUAUCUCAUGUUAGCCUUCCCGGACCUGCUCUCGCCUUCAGAGAAGAAGCCACUGGUUCCACCAAACCUCUGCACAUGUUCGUUCUGCUUUUUAAUUGGGACGGAGGCGCUCCCAUAAAAACUUGGGACAAGGCAAUAGCUCCCUGCCAUUAAAGGACGGAGGGAAGAGGGAAGCAAAGAAAAUAGUCAACAUGUGGCGCAGGCCACUACAGCAGGUGCUGCGUCAGUUUGUGAGGCAUGAGUCGGAGUCAUCAAUGGCCUGUCUAGUACUUGAAAGAUCAUUGAAUCGCAUCCAGUUGCUGGGCCGUGUGGGCCAGGAUCCAGUCAUGAGGCAAGUGGAAGGGAAAAAUCCUGUCACAAUUUUCAGCCUCGCAACCAAUGAGAUGUGGCGAUCAAACGAAAGUGAAGUGUCCCAAGGAGGUGAUAUCUCCCAGAAGACAACGUGGCACAGGAUUUCUGUGUUUAGGCCAGGGCUCAGAGAUGUAGCUUACCAGUAUGUGAGGAAGGGGGCUCGGAUCUUUGUGGAAGGGAAGAUAGACUACGGUGAAUACACUGAUAAAAACAACGUGAGGCGACAAGCCACAACAAUCAUUGCAGAUAAUAUUAUUUUCCUGAGUGACCUCAUGAAAGAAAAGGAAUGAGAUGCUGAUUUCUUUUUUGGAAAAUUUUUAGCUGCUGCUGCUGCUUUUUUUCCUUUUUUUAUAUAGUAUUCAUUACUUCUGCAGUCAUCAUGUCUCUACUGAUAAUUUUGUUGCCAGAAUUAAAAAUAAGUUUUGUAGAAAUCUGAUAGAAUGUGUGAGUAGUCUGGGUUUAUUUUGGAUCUCCUACUUUUCCUUCAUGUUUUUGAUAUUGUUCUUGUUUUUUU